CCCCAAGUUAUCGUCCCAUUUCACACACCAUGGAGGGCCUCUUCUUUAAUGUGAAUGGCGGAUUCGUCGAGGGCAUUGUCCGAGGGUAUCGGAACAGCCUUCUCACCGGCCAGAACUACUCCAACUUGACACAAUGCGAUACCAUUGAUGAUGUGAAGCUGCAACUUGGUCCGGCUUAUGGCGACUUUCUUGCCACGCUUCCCCCGAACCCCUCCACCUCCGCCCUCGCAGGCAAGAUGACCGACAAGCUGGUUUCCGAAUUCCGAUACCUCGUCGCACAGUCCGUCGGCUCAACUGCCAAGUUCCUUGAGUACCUGACGUAUGGCUACAUGAUCGACAACAUCGCCCUUUUGAUCACCGGCACCCUGCACGAGCGAGACACGCGGGAGCUCCUGGAACGAUGCCACCCGCUGGGUUGGUUCGAGACGCUCCCGGUGCUGUGUGUCGCAACUAACAUCGAGGAGCUGUACAACUCGGUGCUCAUCGAAACCCCUCUUGCCCCAUACUUCAAGGGUAGCCUGAGCCACCAGGAUCUGGAUGAAUUGAACAUUGAGAUUGUGCGCAACACCCUGUACAAGAACUACCUGGAGGACUUCUACAACUUUGUGCAAACCCACCCAGACUUCUCUGGCCCGACCCAAGAAAUUAUGUCAGAGAUCUUGCAAUUCGAGGCCGAUCGCCGCGCCAUCAACAUCACUCUCAACUCCUUUGGCACUGAGCUUUCCAAGCAGGAGCGGAGGAAGCUGUACCCCGAAUUCGGCAACCUGUACCCAGAGGGUAGCUUGAUGCUCUCCCGUGCUGAGGAUAUCGAGGGGGUGGCCUUGGCUGUCAGUGCUGUCUCCGAUUACAAGAGCUUCUUUGACGCCGUAGGCCUGAGCCAAGGCGGUGGCGGCCUCGGUGGCAUGGGCGGAGGUCCUGCCGAUGGGAAGAGUCUAGAGGAUCUCUUCUACCAGAAGGAGAUGGAGAUGUCUAAGUUUGUGUUCACCCGACAGUUCACCCCGGCGGUGGUCUACGCGUGGAUGAAGCUUAAGGAGCAGGAAAUCCGCAACGUAACCUGGAUCUCGGAGUGUAUUGCCCAAAACCAGAAGGAGAGAAUUGGCAACUUCAUUUCCGUUUUCUGAAGCCCGGACAACUCAUGACCUUUGUUCUCACUGUACUUACCUUUUUCACAGAGCUGUGUAUUUGCUUUUCUUUUGGCGGGCAACCGAUUUUGUCGUAUCGAGUACCCAAGUUUCGUUUCUUUUCUCAGUAUCAAAGUCAGCGCAUUACCUUCCUCGGCCAGGCCAUUGGCCACAUUUGGUUUCGGCCUUCUUGGCCUUUUGUGUUUCUAAGGCGUUAGGCAAGUUUCGUGUGAUCUCUUUUGUGAAAUAGAAGAGCAUUCAUCAUCAACUAGAUGAGCUAUCUCCUGGGGUGUUUCUUCAAUCACUGCUAGAGUAAUCUUAAGAGUCCAACGACAAGAUAGCAAAUGUUCAAUAAGGCUCCUCAUUGGGGACGCCGAGUCCAAGAUGAUAGAACUAUCCUCGGCAAAGUUCAAACAGUUAAGCAUACACGGGAGUCCUUCUUUUUCCUCGACCGCUCUGAUGCAUUAAGGUUUCUGUCCUUCAUGAAAUGUCGACUGCUCUGCCCCUUGCUGAUGUGGCGCUGCCUAUUUAUAAACAGCAGGCUUCUACAUGCAUGUUGAGGCGUCUCAUGCCCGUCCCAUUCCCUGUGGUAGUGUAGCCCUUCCAAUUAGAUUUCCUGUGGGGGAGGACGAACUGUCCGCAUAGUGAAAAAAAAAACGACAGCAAAUGAAAAAGCUCUGGUCAAUCCUUAGCCAGGUAAAGUAUGUACAAAUAAAGCAGGCGGCUCUAGACAAAGCUAGUUCAAGCAUGACUCGAAUAAAAAAACAGCCGGCCAAGUCCCAGCGACCGGACGAGAGAGCGAGAGCAACAUGAAAGCACGGUAAUACAAGAACACGCUCUCAAAGCACCGAGUCUACUGGGACCAAGGUUUCUAUAUGGUAGGGCAAAUAACAAAAGAUUGUGGUUAAAAAUGGAAUAGAAAGAUGACUCUGGGUCAAUGACAACGCCCAUAGAUCCAAAGAAAUUCAUUUAGAGCAUGCCAGCUUGAUGAAGAAGAUGAAGCCAGUAAUUUUUUGUGUAUUUCAGUCGGUCUGUUUCCAUGUCUUCUCAUGCGAAAUCGUAAAAAAUCAAUCGUACUGGAACAGAACGCUGAUACUUUCACCGUGGUGGACACGGCGGAUGGCCUAG